AUGUGCUUUUUUUUUGUCGAGCACAAAAACAAGGAGCCAAGGCACAAAAGAAGGCUUCUUCUUCCGGGUUUCCAUGGAUGCCGAGAGUCAUCCAACCAACGGAGACCCGCCCCUUGUUGCUCUUGCCACACUGCCAUCGCGAUUGUGAGUCACUGAUUGCGAAGAAUCGAUGACCCAGUGCUUCAUCGCCGACUGUACCUCAUCGUCGCUUCAGAAGAUGGCUCCGGAUGACGUCAACCGUCGCUCCGCUUUCCGCAUCUUUCAUCGGUUCCCCGUUCGCCUCACCUUCGGCGCCAAAUCCGAAGCCAAGGCGAGAGAUUUUCGUUUUUUGGUUAGAAAGAAUUCAGAAUGAAGUAGGUAUUGAACUGAAGUUUUACAACCAGCAGUCUAAACAGCUUCAUUUAUUUUUGCGUUAAUUUUCAGCUUUUCGAGCUUUUGAAGUUUUUUCCAGCGGACAUAUUUUUGUUUGAGGGCGGGAUUGGAAUUAAGAAAAGUUUUCAAUUUGAGAAAACUUCAAAAGCUUGACAAACUGUUAGAACAUUUUUGAUAACUGAAAAAGUGAAAUCGCUACCGUCAUUUUCAAGCUUUUUUCCAAAAAGUAAACUUCAUCGCUUUAUGUCCCUUUUUCUUCUUCCAAAUCUACAAUUUUCAAGAAACGCUUAGGAAGUUCAAGUAAUUUCGAAAUCUUAACUUCCUCAUACAUCACUCUCCCUGUCUGUGCAGCCCGAUUUCCUAAUUAAAGUACAUAUUUUCAGUUCUUCAUCUUUAUUCUCGGCUGUUUUUAACUUUUUUGCACCAAGUUCGACUAUUCUGUUUUUUCUUUCAAUCUUAGAUUACAACUUGGAAUUACUCACCUAGCCAAACAAAACAAAAAUGUUCACACCCUUGAUAAGAAAAAGAUAAAAUAAUGGAGGCCAUUGAACCGCAGAAUAUAACUAACGCCUCUAACUGAUACGUAUGCCAACAAAGGAACAUAAAAUCAGAAUUUUGCGGCUAGAAACUUUGUUCUUCAUAGUUCUCGAUUUUGAAGAGUGUGAAAUAUCUGGGAAUCCUAUAAAAAUUUAGUUUCAAAAAAUGCAAUUUAAACCCUAAUUGUUGCUUUUCCAGAAAUGAUUAGUGCUUUUUGUGCUUUUCUAGACUACAAGUGCACCGGUUUUGCCGGGUACACAGAACAAGCAAACAAAAAGAAGAAGAAGAACACGCGAAUCACUUCUCAGCAGCUGAAAUUAGGCUAGGAUCGAAGAAUAUCGGAGUUGGGAUAACUAGGUUGAAAAAGAUUUAUUGCAGUAAUAAAUUUGCCUGAAAAAUUGAUAGUAUAUUACUGAGGUUUCCCUUCAAAGUUUUCGCCGAAGAUGGAAUUCAACGCGAGGACGUCGUUUUUAUCCUUUCUUUUUUUUUACAUGACCGAUCAAAACGGCUUUUCUAAUUUAGAAAUUUGUAGACGGUCACUCAAUCGAAGAAGCGGCAGCAACGGGAAAACGAAGCCGACGACUUGAAGUGAGUCCGAAGUAUAGUUUUCUACCGGACAUGCCGUCUGAUUGAUAAAAAGUGAUAAAAAAAAGUGGUCAGUUGUCGAUUCGACGUAUUCGUCUGAUCGCUGUCCGCAGUAGGAGCCACUUUUUCUGUGAUUCUUGGGAUUUCACAGCUCUUCCCGAACAUUCUAGCCAUGUCACGUCGUCAAAACUCUAUGUGCAUUGACGAUUUUAUGAGCAGGCGGCUUGCCGAACGGACCGAUAUUCUGGAAUGCGCCUGGCAUCGCCGGAACGACGACGUCGACGAGGAGGACCUCGAAGAAAACCUUGCGGUUAGUUUUUUUUUUGUUUUAAUGCUAGAAGUAAUUCCAUUCCAAACAAGGUUUGUUGUUCUUUCUGAAAAUUGAUCUUCGUUCCAUCAGUGCAGGAAAAAACUGGGAAAGCAAAAAUGAAAAGUUAAUAUUUUUUUAAAAAUUUUUUUCCAUACAUUUUCUAAAGAGAAGAUAUAUAUUUUGGUGUGCCUCAAAAAAACCACUUCUGUUACUGCAUUUUUUUUAACUAAAAAAGAAAAAAGUUUUAAAUGAAUUUUUUCAUUGGAAAAAGACUACAAAGAGCGAUCAAUUUGGAACUUUGCAAGAACCUGUCAUAGUGCAACUACCUGCAAAACGAAAAAGAUUGAUAAGUAGCUUAUCAGUUGCAAAAACGCCUCGCCACUGAGAAAGUGUGAAAAUCUACGGGUUUUACGUAAUAUAUUCAAAUUUGGUUUUUUUUUUUCAGGAAACUGAAGCGAAAAAUGAGCCGAAUGUCGACAUUUAUGGAGAUGUCGGCAGCAGGGCGGACAACGAAUUUGAGCAGGUUUUUUUAUCCUACCAUAAAUGUUGUUUGAUAAAAGCAAUACUUCGCUUACAAAAAACUAUUUCAAUAUUAAAAAAUGUUUUUCGAAACUCUGAAGAAGAAUUUGAAGAUUGGCGGAUCGACAGUCAUCAUGGUCUAUAUAUGCUGGGUCAUGCUUUUUGUCUUUGCCUACGUCCGAGACAUCUUCCGUCGGCUUGGCUUUGUCGCUGAUAAGUCCAACAAGGAGCUGGAGAAGCUCAAGGUGAAAAAAAAAACAUAUAUUUCGACAUUAGAUCCAUUGGUAGUUCUUUAUUACUGGUCGCAAUGACUGGUCAGGCCACUUUCAAGUGAUAAGAAGGUAAACGAAAAAGAGGAACUUGUCAACGAAAAGUCUGAAUUGCCAUUUGAAACGGAAAAGAGAAGCUGAUGAUCAUUUUGGAGUUUUGCCGAGUUUGCCGAUGAAAACAAGUUUUUCCUGACUAAGUCGAGAAGAAGAAGAAGCGGACUGCCGCCGAUUCUGAGCAAUUUAUGUUUUUAUUCAUAAAUGCGUACAAAAGUUUCUCUUUUCAGAGCUUCGUGCCGUUGUUCAGCGACUUCGAGGCGUUUUAUCAGCGCAACUGCUACAUCCGAGUUCGCGACGUCUUCGAACGGCCCAUCUGCAGUGUUCCUGGCGCUACCGUAGAUCUUCUUGACCGCGUUUCCCACGAUGGCAACUGGACGUAUGAGUUAGUUUAUAAUUCUUGAACACUAGAGAGAAAAGCUGAAUUCAGAUACCCCGGAACGACUAGCAAGGUCAUCAACAUCGCCUCGUACAACUACUUGGGCUUCGCUCAGGUUGAAAGCACACAAUAAUCACCAAAGAACUCGAAUUUUAGGCGGCAGGGCCUUGCGCGACGGCCUCCGUCAAUAGUAUCGACGAAGAAGGCGUCGCCUGCUGCACGACGGUUCAUGAACGCGGUAAGGUUUCUGAAUUUUGCAACAGAGGUACUCAAUUAUUUUUUUAGGACGAUCCGUCUCGCAGGCAAAACUCGAAGCGCUGGUCGCCGAGUUCUUAGGCGUUGAGGACGCCAUCUGCUUCAGUAUGGGCUUUGCCACCAACUCGAUGAACGCUCCUUGUCUUGUUGACAAAGUGAAACACUUAGAACCGCUCAUCUCCAACUAGACUUGCAGCACUCGCUAAUCAUCUCCGACCAGUACAAUCACGCCUCGCUCAUUCUCGGAUGCCGACUUUCUGGAGCUUCAACCAAGGUCUUCAAGCAUAACGGUAAACGAAUCGUUCUUCUUUAUUUUCACAAAAAUAUUCCAUCAAGAUAUGGGAUCUUUGGAGAAGAUCCUUCGUGACGCAAUCGCAUAUGGAAAUCCCAAGACCCACCGACCUUACAAAAAAAUCUUGAUCAUUGUGGAAGGUUUGGAAACUGGAGCAAAAUAUCUGGAAAAGAGUAAAUCUUCAGGAAUCUACUCGAUGGAAGGCUCUAUUUGCAACUUGCCAGGAAUCAUCGCUUUGAAGAAAAAGUACAAGGCCUAUCUUUACCUGGAUGAAGCUCAUUCAAUUGGUAUGCUCCUAAUGGAAACCUAAUUUCAGCGAAAAUUUCAGGAGCCAUGGGUAAAACUGGAAAAGGAAUCGUCGAGUACUGGAGCUGCGAUCCGAAAGACGUUGACAUUCUUAUGGGAACCUUCACCAAGAGUUUCGGCUCUGCAGGAGGCUACAUCGCCGGCUCCAAGGUAUCCAUUUCAUCCCACAUCCAUUUGAAAAUUUCAAAUAAUCUUUAGAAAACAAUCGAUCACCUCCGCGUGGCGUCUCCCACAGGCUACUAUUCUUCUCCAAUGUCGCCGCCCAUAGCGCAGCAAAUCUAUAGCAGCAUGAGCAUCAUCAUGGGACGAGACGGCACUACAGACGGUUAAUCGAUUGAAAGAGCAUCACAGAAUGAUUAAAUGAGUUACAGGCGCUGAGAGGAUAGAACGUUUAGCCCGCAAUUCGCGAUACUUCCGACUUCGGCUCAAGCAGAUGGGCUUCAUCGUUUACGGCAGUAACGAUUCUCCAGUCGUUCCGAUGCUCAUUUACUUCCCCUCCAUGUGUGGGUGAGUAUCAAGCUUUCGAAAGGCGUUAUUAAUCGAAGCACUGAAGGUUCUAUGGCCGUGAGAUGCUGAAGAGGAAAGUGGGAACUGUGGUAGUGUCCUUCCCAGCGACAGACAUGACUGAGGGACGAGUACGGUUCUGCAUUUCCGCCGCCCACACAAAAGAGUUGCUCGACGAGGUUGGCCCUCAUUGAUUCGCCCAUAAAAUGAUUAUUUUUCCAUGACAUUGUUUAUUAAGUCGAACUGAAAACGACUUUAGAGUAUUAGACCAUUACGACGGUUCUUGAAUAAAAAUAUCCCAGCAAUUUUAUGAUGCAAAUCGGAAAAUGUCAGGUGCUUCGACACGUUGGCGAGCUCGGCGAACGAAGCGGCAGCAAAUUUUCUCGAAAAGCUCACCUGUACAGGGACCAGAAAAUCGAGUGGUGA